AAUUGAUGUCAAAACCCAAAAUUGUCGAUCUUACUUGUUUUAUAAGGCAAUCCAAACCUAAUUAGCUGUAUAAAGAGACGAAAGAAAUUAAUAAGAGAGAAUCAGAAAAGAACAAGGUGUGCCACUGCCAUUUCCUUCACCAAUGCAGAGCAGUGUGCCACUGCCAGGUGCAGCCGUGCAGGUAGUUAGUUACCCAUACCCACAAUCCACCCUCCUGGAUUGAGUUGAAAGUAAGGUUGCAGGUUCAACGGCGGAUCACAAUGAGCGAGACGAGCUCUAACUUUAUAAAAUAUGUAACCCCAUCAAUGUAUCAAGUAUCAACCCCACCACCACCACUCCACUCCACCCUUCCCGCCUUCUUCUCUCCCGUCACAGCACUUGACUACACUCACCAGUCACCAUCCACAGAGUUGCAGCUAGGCAGAUGGGGAUGGGGGGUGGUAUGGAUGACUACCCUCGAAAGCCACAUCAACAGAACCAGAACAAGACUAGGCUCAAGAUCUUUCUCCUGGUAAUUUUCACCAAUCUUCUCACCAUCUACAUCUUCACUGGUUCGUCCUUCAACUUAAGCUUGUCUGAUCACACUCACCAUCCCUCUCUCUGGGAGUUGGAUCCCAAGGCUCUUCUGCAAGAGCUCAACUCCACUCAAGCCCAUCUUGCCUCCAGCAAUACCCGUAUUGCUCAGCUGCACCGGCAGCUCAUCUCUGCCAAUUCGCUUUUAGAGACCCUUCUCUCCGAGCUGGGUGGCCGCCUCCAGGAGCCCACCGAGCCAGUGAAACCCUCUGGGUUCAGUAGUGUUCAGUUGUCGGGUGAGCUCAAGCUAGCAAUAAGCCCACACAAGCUCCCACUGGGGUAUGCUCCCAGGGUGGGCUCCGACGAAGUCUUCCCCCCAGUUGGUGCAGCUUGCCUUCAAUUCCUAGAUGAGCUGAAACAGUACAUGACAUAUGAUGUCGGAGGUGAAUGCCCAGUAGAUGACGUUUUUGCACAGAGGCUCAUGCUAAAAGGGUGUGAGCCACUCCCCCGCCGGCGGUGCCACCCCAAGUCUCCCGUCGGAUACGUAGACCCGACCCCUCACCCAGAAAGCCUCUGGGCAACCCCUGCCGACACCAGCAUCAUAUGGGAUCCUUACAGCUGCAAAAGCUACAAGUGCCUCAUCGAUCGCAAGCGCUCCAAGGGUCACUACGAUUGCAAGGAUUGCUUUGAUUUGGAGGGCCGGGAGAAGAGCAGGUGGAUCGUCGACAAUGGGGGACUUGAUUAUGGGAUUGACGAGGUUUUGCGAGCCAAACCACCUGGUACGAUUCGUAUUGGGUUGGACAUAGGAGGUGGAACCGGCACAUUUGCAGCCAGGAUGAGGGAACGAAAUAUCACCAUCAUCACCACCUCAAUCAACUUGGACGGCCCGUUCAACAGCUUCAUUGCGUUGCGUGGCCUGAUCCCUCUCCAUCUUACUGUGUCACAGAGGCUCCCUUUCUUUGAAGGAACACUGGAUAUUGUGCACUCCAUGCAUGUACUCAGCAACUGGAUUCCAGAUGCCAUGCUUGAGUUUACGCUCUAUGACAUCUAUAGGGUCUUGAGGCCUGGUGGGCUCUUCUGGCUUGAUCGUUUCUUCUGCCUCGGGUCACAGCUGAACGCAACCUAUAUUCCCAUGAUUGACCGUAUUGGGUUCAGGAAAUUGAGGUGGAAUUCUGGCCGAAAGCUUGAUAGGGGCAUCGAAAUGAAUGAGUGGUACUUUUCAGCCGUGUUGGAGAAGCCCAUGACUUGAUUCUUGUUGGCCAAAUGAAGGGUGGGGGAAAUGCUUCCAUAAAUAAAUGUGAAAAACUGAGACAUGAUGGAUGAAAGGGCCAUUUGGACAAGAGUUCCAAGAUUAUGAACAGGGGAAAAGGCAAAAAUAGGAUCCUACACCAUUACACAUUAACAUGUGCAGUGAUAAAUGCGAAGACCACUUGGGGUUUUUGUGAUAAGAUUUCAGUUUUCAAUAUCCAGAGAGAGAGAGAGAGAGAUGAAUGUUUCUCCUGAAAGGUUUUAGUGUUUUCUUUUGAUGCAGAUAAAAUAAAUUUAAUUUAUCUCAAGUAGAAGAAUUUGGUAGUAGAUCCUUGUAAUUGUAAAACAUGGAUAAGAUAUCCAAGCCGUAUGUAGAAAUAGCUUUCUGUAGAAAUAUGCAUUACCCACAAGCUCAGCCUAAAAGUAUUGUAAAAUGGACUUGAAUAUGCUUCAUAGUGAAUAUAUAGAUCCUUAACACCUUUGAGUUCCCCUGUUUUCAGUUUCAA